UUUAUCCCAAAUUGGCUAAAAUUCCUCCUCCCUUCACCAAUGUCGGAACCUUCUUUUUCCGCCCAAUCAUCUCCACCCCCUCCGACCGACCCGCCUUCUGAAGGAGGAGGAGAAACCCAUGGCGCAAAACGAAGUCACUUAGCUUUCGAAGGACCUGACAACCUGGUUGCAUCCGCACCGGCAAAUUCUUCCCCGGAAUCCGCACCGAUAACCGAUUAUCACCAUUAUCAUGACCACCAGGAUUCCCAUCAUCACGGGAGUCACGAUUCGUCGCGCUAUAGUUAUUUCCCCCACGAAACGCGCGCCUCGAUGCCAAUGAUACGAUCGUAUCAUAGCUUUUACUCGUCCCGCGCUUCGAGAGCGUCACUCGCGUCGCGGGCAAGUUUGGGAAUUAGGGCGUCCCGGGCGAGCAAAGUGGGACCAAUGUUAAGGGCAAGUGAAGGUUUGCUGGCCCACUUGGACGAUCCAAACCAUCCAUUGUAUCAUCACGGUGGAGAGCAUCAUCAUGGCGCCCAUGAACAUCAUCACCACCAUCAUGCCCACCAUCACGGUCAUCAUCACGGUCACCAUCACCACCAUCAUCACCAUCACCAUCAUCAUGUGUAA